CAGAAAGAGACCUUGCAAAAAAUUCUUGGAAUAUGAAUGGGUGCUUUUAAAAAGGAAGAGACUGCAACAUAGGGUACAGGAUAAAGAAUGGGAGAAAAACAGAAAAGACAACAAAAGCUUCAGACUAUUCCACAGAUUCCUUGCAUUCGAGUCCCUCUCUCUGCUGACAUGUCAUUACUAAAGGACCUAACCCGUGGGCAGCAGCGCUACUUUUACAGUAUCAUGAGGAUUUACAACUCCAGGCCCCAGUGGGAGGCCCUGCAAACCCGAUAUAUUCACAGCCUUCGGCACCAGCAACUGCUUGGUUAUAUUACUCAGCAGGAGGCCUUGGCUUGUAUGCUGUACUUAGGAGAUUCAACCAACAAAGCCUCAGCCAAGGAAGGUCUGCAAAGAGCCAUCCCCUGGAAGGCUUCAGCCAUGACAAGAACAUGGCUACCAGCAGUCCCAGUGUCUGUGGUCUGACCCAGAGCCAAAAAUGCAAGGCUCUGAUCCCUCAGGAGCCAAGACUUGGCACAAGGUCUAAAACAGGCAGUAUGCUCGUGGACUUCUGGCAUCUAGUGAGUACUGAGUGUAUAUUUGUAAAUGAGCAUAAAUAAAUCUUCUAAUACAAACCCACAAGUAGAAAUAAUCUUUCUCCCAUGCAAAAACCAGCAAAAACACAUUGCAUUUUACCAGCAAAAACACAUUGAGAAGUCCUUUUACUUGACAUACCUAUAGACUAAAAUGACUUUUGAAGCAUUCAAAGGUAAAAGUUUCAUUUGAAUUAAAACCUCCUAGAGAAGUCCCAAAAACAGUGAAAAGGGAGAAGUUAUUAGAGGGUGCCAGGUUCUCUAUCACUGGUGACCAUCCCUGAAAAGCUGCCCAUUGCACAUAUUAAAAAUACCCUAAACAACACAGAUUUAACACUGAGCAUGCAGGGUUCCUGGAGCCAUAUUUUCUCAGCCACACCUGGACUAUACAUUUCCAUGUCUCCCUUCCUCUCUUCUUUUCCAUCAAGCAAUAGAAGUCAAUUUGGCCCCACAUCUGGUUCUUAUCUGACUCAACAAUUCUUUUGUGUAAUCUUUAAACUUGGAAUUAUCAACCCACAAUAGCUGAGUUCAUUCUACAUUCUGUAAUUAACCCUCACAUGGGUAAGAGAAUUCAUGCAAAUAUCCUACGCCCCUGGUAAAUGAAGGUACACUCUCAGCAGAACAAGAAAUAGCCCCUGAAAACUAAUUACAAGUCUAAUCUUUCAGUGGCCUCAAUGGUUUUAAGUAAAGCACACAAGACUAUACAAACAAGCAAAAAAUGAGAUAAAAGCUGGUUCUUUGAAAAGAUAAACCAGACUCAUCAAGAAAAAAAAGAGAGAAGACCUAAAUAAAUAAAAUCAGAAAUAAAAGAGAAGUAACAACCGACACCACAGAAAUGCAAAGGAUUGUAAGAAAAUAUUAUGAACAUCAAUAUGUCAAAAAACUGGACAAUAUGGGCAAAAUGGAUAAAUUUCUAAAAUCAUAAACCUUCCAAAAUUGAAUUUAAAAAAUCAGAAAAUCUUAUUAGAUUAUUACAACUAAUUAAAUUGAAGCACUAAUAAUAAUAACAUUAAAAGACUACCAACAAACAAAAAUCCUGGAUCAGAUGGCUUCUCAGGUUAAUUUCACCAAACAUUCAAAG